AUGCUGGAAGACGAGUCGACAGCCACCCUGCCGAUGGAUUUGGCCAUCACCGCCUGCUCCUGCUUCAUUGAGACGCCUAGCUGCUUGCAGCAGAUGGCAGACGCAGGGUACGCCCAGGCACUGAUGCGUGUGGCCGUGCGCGGCGACAUCGACCGCGACUCGCGCAACGGCGCAUGCGACGUCAUUCACGCGCUGUGUCAGUGCAGCCCCUCGGUGAGGCUUGACCUCCUCACGAUGCCUGAGGACGUGGCCGGCAUUCUCAUUGCCGCGGCAAAGGCCCCAGGGACACAGGUGUGCGCGGGCGGGCCGCUGCUGGUGCUCGGAGAGCUGUUGUUCGUUCCCACUGAGGACGACGGCGGCGGCGGCGCGGCGGCGACGGCGGCGGCCGCGGCUGCGGCUGCGGCUGCGGCUGCGGCUGCGGCUGCGGCGGCUACGGCAGAGCGCAUCGCGGGGGACGGCGCGCUGCUGGACUUCGUGCGCCGCCAGCUCGCCGGCGACGGCGACACGUUUGGUCCCGCCUUGCGGCUGGUUAGGGCCUUGCUGCGGGACCCCUCGCGCCGCCGCGCACGGGAGGCGGCGGUCGCCGUGCUCGGCGACGGGUCGCCCAUGCUGCUGGGCGGCGGCGGUGCGCGGCUGGGCGACCCUCACAUGGGCGACAGGACUGCAGUGCUGGGGCUGCUCAUCGCCGCGUGCGGCGAGGAGCAGCGAGCGGAGGUGGCGGCCGUGGUUGUCGAGCGCGGCGUCAUCACGCUGUUGCUCAGGGCGCUGACGAACACAGAUCACACCAUCAGGGCCAGCGCCGCCGGUUUGCUGCUCGUGCUGUGCAGCUGCCCCGUCACACGCGCGGCCGUCUGCGCGCACCCGGCGGCGCUCGCCGCGCUCGCCAACGUGCUGCGCGCCACCGGCGCGGCCGCGGGCGCCGCGGACGACGAAGAGGCGCAGGAGCUCGCCGCCCUCGCGUGCGAUGCGCUGCAGGCGGUCUGCUUCCUCAUGGCGCACAGCGCCGCCGCACACGACACGUUCGCCGCGAUGGCGCUGGCCCCGUCUGGGUCAGGCAUCCUCGAUUACGUGGCGCGGCAGCUGGCAGCGCCCGCCGUGGAUGAGCGCGCCGGCCCUGGCGACCGUCACCGCCUGGCAGGGCUGGCCUGCGCCAUCUCCGCCCUCAACGCGCAGGCGCCCGCAUGA